UCGGUGUAUAUAAUUAUCAUAAUGUCUCAUAUGGCAUGCAAUGCCCUCAGACAGGCGUCGCGAGCUAACUGCCCCCGCCGCCUGUCUGCUAACUUCCUGAGAGUCACCUCGCCACUUGCUGGUCGGAUGGUAACAGGUCGACGAUACGUCUCAGAGUCCAAAGUCGGUAACGCGCAGGUCAGCGUUGACACGGCUAUCAGAACUGAACAGAGGAAAUUCACAGAAAACACAGGCAUUCAGGCUCAGAAUGCGGAACUGUCCGCCUCAUCGGUGAGUGGUGAUGCGGCUAUGAGCCCGACCGCGGGCAUCUUCAAACAAGCCACCAUUAUGGAUGAAGGCAAUCGUCCCAUUUACCUCGAUAUGCAAGCAACCACUCCCACCGAUCCUCGCGUUCUCGAUGCCAUGCUCCCUUUUCUCACAGGCCUGUACGGCAAUCCUCACUCGAGAACCCAUGCCUAUGGCUGGGAGACAGAAAAGGCCGUCGAGGACGCUCGCGCUCAUGUAGCAAGCCUGAUCGGGGCUGAUCCCAAAGAAAUUAUAUUCACAAGUGGAGCGACCGAGAGUAAUAAUAUGAGUAUCAAGGGUGUGGCUCGAUUUUUCGGUCGGUCGGGAAAGAAGAAGCAUAUCAUCACAACACAAACCGAGCACAAGUGUGUAUUGGAUAGCUGCCGUCAUUUGCAAGAUGAAGGAUUCGAUGUGACCUACUUGCCGGUGCAGAACAAUGGUCUUAUUAAGAUUGAGGACCUCAAAGCAGCCAUCCGUCCUGACACUGCUAUCGUGUCAGUCAUGACCGUUAAUAAUGAAAUUGGUGUCAUCCAACCGGUGGAGGAAAUCGGAAAAAUAUGUCGUGCAAACAAGGUCUUUUUCCACACCGAUGCUGCCCAAGCAGUGGGAAAGAUUCCAAUCGAUGUCAAUAAGUGGAAUGUCGAUCUCAUGUCCAUUUCGGGUCACAAGAUUUACGGCCCUAAAGGUAUCGGAGCAUGUUAUGUGCGACGUCGACCCCGUGUGCGUCUCGAUCCUCUCAUCACUGGUGGUGGUCAAGAGCGAGGUCUCCGCAGUGGUACUUUGGCACCUCACCUGGUGGUUGGUUUGGGUGAAGCAUGCCGUAUUGCCAAGGCUGACAUGGAUUAUGACACUGCACACGUCAAGAAAUUGUCUAAACGGUUACUAGACGGGUUGCUUGCUAUGGAGCAUACCAACCAAAACGGAGACCCCAAGCGACACUACCCAGGUUGCGUCAACGUCUCCUUUGCAUACAUUGAGGGUGAAUCUCUGUUGAUGGCACUCAAAGAUAUUGCUCUCUCCUCUGGCAGUGCUUGUACAUCAGCCUCACUCGAACCCAGCUACGUGUUGCGUGCGUUGGGUAAUAGUGAUGAGAACGCCCAUAGCAGUAUUCGAUUCGGUAUUGGUCGCUUCACCACCGAAGCCGAGAUUGAUUACGUCUUGAAAGCCGUCACAGACCGUGUAUCCUUCCUACGGGAAUUAAGUCCUCUGUGGGAACUGGUGCAAGAGGGUAUUGCUCUAGACACGAUUGAAUGGAGUCAACAUUAGUUGUCUUUGCUCUUGUUCCAUAAUCAAGUCUGUUGACAACACAGACUUCUCUACGAUGCAUUGUCUGGACGCUUUGGAUGUCAUGGGUUUAAUUUUCAGGGUUACGACGGCGUUUUAUGCGAUGUACACUUCAUAUGGAGCAUACUUAAUUAGUGCCUAGUUUUUGCUCUAGGAUUGUACAGAAUGGACCUGCUCCUAUCCUAUCCAAUACUUUCA